AUGAGGUGAUGAGGCACCAUGGGCACAUGGCGAUGUCACACAUACGUGAACUGAAAAUAAAACUUUGACGUUGAUUUUUUUGGCUCUGACAAAAAUAAAAACACAGAACCGAUAGUUGUUGGCGAAAGCAUUACUCGAUUUGAUCUGUCGGUUAAAAAUCAUAUCACACCUGCACAAUGACAAUCCCGGUAGUGCAUAAAUCAAGAAAACAAAACAGACAUGCGUUUUGGAACAAAUUGUCCGAUUUUGCAAACAUUUUCAAGGCAUUUGUUGGAUGCAACUAUCUGUCUAUACCAUUUGCAUUUAAACAGAGCGGUUUGGUGCUUGGUAUCAUUGGCCUUGUCAUCAUAGCCUACAUAACCGACCAUUGCUGUAUUUUGAUAGUCAAAUGUAAAAAAGCUGCAAUUGAUAACAUAAUGAAUUCAACUUACGUUUGUCCAUAUGACGAAGAUACAAAGGAGUUUCAGAAAAUAGAAAAAAGAAAAUCAAAACAACGCAAGAACUUGGAAUUGGCCAUUACUUAUGGUGAUCUUGGUCAAAUAGCUUUAGGAAAAUUGGGAACAUUUAUUGUGAAUACCGCACUUAUAAUCACCCAGUUCAGUUUCUGUGUAAAUUAUUUUAUAUUCAUUGGAGACACCAUCACAAGGAUGUAUCCACCGGUCUCAAACAAUACAGAACAUGCUAACACAUCUUCAACAAAUAUGGCCUCGGAGGUCGAACAUGAUGGUGUGCCGAAUAUGAUAUUGCUCAUGUUGAUACCAUUUCCGAUCUUUCUACUCCAGUCGUUUGUGCGGAAAGUUCGGAAUCUUGGUCCACUCAGUGCCAUAGCUAAUCUCUGUGUUUUUUUGGGAUAUUUUUCAGUCCUUGGAUUUAUCUUAUACGGAAUAAACUUUGGAAAUGUGCACAAGAUCAACCUGUGGAAUUUCAAGACUUUUCCAAUUUUCUUUGGGCAAACGAUUGGUGCAUUUGAAGGCAUUGGAACAAUCAUUCCCAUCGAGGCGAGCAUGGAGGAAAAUCGUAGAAACUUUACCAAGUAUCUUCAUGGAGCAAUUUUUCUUAUAAGUCUUAUACUGGGAUCAUUUGGGAUACUUGGUUACAUUCAUUUUGCUGACGGUGUUGAUCAAGUGAUCAGUGAUAAUCUUUCGUACGGAACUUUGUCCAUUAUCGUUCAAAUCAUGCUGUGUAUUGGAAUUUUAUUCACGUAUCCGCUUCAAAUUUUCCCCGUCAUUGAAAUUGUGGAAAAUUUCUUAUUUCAAGAAACCAAACGAAGAAGUACGCUUGCAGCAAGUUGUCGCGCUGACGGGACGAGUUGCGCACCCGAAACUACCGUCCAGAACAGUAUAAACGCGAGUCAAAGUUCCGAGAGUCUAACCUCCGAGGAGGAGAAUAAUGGGAUUAACGAUGAAGAGUUCGCAAGCCGGGGGAACGGGGGAUACACUCUACUAAUCCGUCGACCUGGGGGCAUAUUUUCCUGUGACUUGGGUUGGUCAACUUGGAAGAGAAAUCUAGUACGUACACUACUCGUAAUGCUGUCAUUUGGUGUGGCUUACGCUGGAAGACAUUACUUCGCUUAUAUUUCUGCUUUAUCGGGUUCCAUUGGUAGCUCCUACUCGCGUUUAUCCUUCCUUGUAUCUUUCAUCUCAUCAUAAAGCGCGAUUUACUCUCCAAUGGUAUUAUUGCUAAAGAUAUACUUUUAAUUUUAUUUGGCACGAUUUCCGGCAUCGUGGGGUUCACUGUGACAAUGA